GUCUAGCUUGCGCCCCGAGCCCGCGGCGCCCGCGCGGCUGCGAGCCUCGGGUGGCCGCGCGCCGGCCCCAGGAAGCCGGGGAGGGCGCGGCGGCCGGGAUGGCGCGGCGCGGGCCGCGCGGCUAGACGGGCGCCAGAGGAGCCGCCGGCCCGCGCCCUCCGUUCUCGGCCUCCCGUACCGGGCGCCGAGCCGCUGGGAGCCGCCUUCGCCGACGCGGGGCACCUGGACACUCGCGAGAUGCCCAACCCCAAAAACAGUAAAGGCGGACGCAAAAACAAGCGCGCCAACAGCAGCGGGGACGAGCAGGAAAAUGGAGCCGGCGCCCUGGCAGCGGCGGGCGCGGCGGGCGCGGCGGCCGGGGGGGCCCUGGCGGCGGCGGCCGGCUGCGGAGCGGCGGCGGCGGGCGUGCCGGGCACCGGGGGCGCGGCGGGUGCGGGAGGCGCGGGGCCCGGCGCCGCGGCCGCCGCGGCCGCCGCGGGGGCUGCAGCGGCUGGCGACGCCAAGAACGAAGCCCCUUGUGCCACGCCGCUGAUCUGCAGCUUCGGGAGGCCGGUUGACCUGGAGAAGGACGACUACCAGAAGGUGGUGUGCAACAACGAGCACUGCCCUCACAGCACCUGGAUGCACCUGCAGUGCUUCUACGAGUGGGAGAGCAGCAUCCUGGUCCAGUUCAACUGCAUCGGCCGGGCCCGCAGCUGGAACGAGAAGCAGUGCCGCCAGAACAUGUGGACCAAGAAGGGCUACGACCUGGCCUUCCGCUUCUGCUCCUGCCGCUGUGGCCAGGGUCACCUGAAGAAGGACACGGACUGGUACCAGGUGAAGCGGAUGCAGGAUGAGAAAAAGAAGAAGUCGGGGUCGGAGAGGAACACCGGGAGGCCCCCCGGUGAGGCGGUGGAGGAGGCCAAGAAGUGCCGGCCGCCCACCAAACCCCAGAAGGGCCUGAGCCACGACCUGCCCCGCCGGCAUUCCAUGGACCGGCAGAACUCCCAGGAGAAGAGCGGCGGGGCCGCAGCCUACGGGGCACGCUCCCCCUGCGGCUCCCCGGGCCAGUCCCCGCCCACCGGCUACUCCAUCCUCUCCCCCGCCCACUUCAGCGGCCCCCGCUCCUCCAGGUACCUCGGGGAGUUCCUAAAGAACGCCAUCCACCUGGAGCCUCACAAAAAGGCUCUGGCGGGGGGCCACGUGUUCCGAAACGCCCACUUUGACUACAGUCCGGCCGGGUUGUCAGUUCACAGGGGGGGCCACUUCGACGCGCCCGUGCAGUUCCUGCGGCGCCUGGACCUGUCCGAGCUUCUCACCCACAUCCCCCGGCACAAGCUGAACACUUUCCACGUGCGGGUGGAGGACGAUGCCCAGAUGGGCCAGGGCGAGGAUCUGCGGAAGUUCAUCCUCGCGGCCCUCAGCGCCAGCCACAGGAACGUGGUGAACUGUGCCCUGUGCCACCGGGCGCUCCCGGUGUUCGAGCAGUUCCCGCUGGUGGACGGAACUCUGUUCUUAAGCCCCUCAAGACACGAUGAGAUCGAGUACGAUGUUCCCUGUCACCUUCAAGGGAGGCUCAUGCAUCUGUACGCAGUGUGUGUGGACUGCCUGGAAGGGGUUCACAAGAUCAUCUGCAUCAAGUGUAAGUCGCGGUGGGAUGGCAGCUGGCACCAGCUGGGCACCAUGUACACCUAUGACAUCCUGGCCGCCUCUCCAUGUUGUCAGGCCCGCCUGAACUGUAAGCACUGCGGGAAGCCAGUGAUCGACGUGCGGAUUGGGAUGCAGUACUUCUCCGAGUACAGCAACGUCCAGCAGUGUCCACACUGUGGCAACCUGGACUACCAUUUCGUGAAGCCAUUUUCCUCCUUCAAAGUUCUCGAAGCUUAUUGAUGAAAGCUUUGCUUUAGUAAUAGCUAUUUUAUUGAUAUUAUUACUUUAUUACAUAUCUUUUCUAGGGAAGCCUUCUGUGACAUUCAUUUCUUUUCUAAUUGAAAGGAGAGUUCCUUUGUGUAUGUGUGCCACUAAAAGGGGGCCUGCGCCUUGCCUUCUCUUGACUCCCGAGUGUUAGUCUGUGGUCACGACCAGAGCCCAGCCGGUACUCCUGUGAGCUUGGGGGAGCGGUUAACUAUCACUAAGGGUCUCUCGGGCAGCUUUUAGGGUGGUGGGGAGGAUGGGGUGAAUUCAGGAAAGGGAUUAUGUGGUCAUAAGCUGAGAGCACGGUAGGAGUUGGGAAGAAACUCUUACUAAAAUGUUAACUGUCUAAAGACCCACUUUUAGAUCUUCUCUGGGCCUUGGGAGAAACAUGUGACAAGUGAAUGUAAUCUGUGCCUGGAGAGCUGAUGGUGUGUUUGUCCACCUUGGUUUGGCGUUCCGCAGCGCACGCUGGCCUGCAGUUUCCCCUCACUGACAGAUCUUUGGAAGGUGGACAUGAGCCCUGAUUCUAUCCCUGUUGUAGUUUAGCAGCCAGUUUUCAUACCGAAAAUAAUAUCCAAAUUAUAAGGUAUAUGAAAAUAUAUAUUUUUAGGUAAGCUGACCUAUAACAAAGAGAAUAUGCUAAAUGAAUUUGGAAAUGAUGCAGACUGACUCAAGAGGGCAAAAAGGCAGAACGCUGUCAUCUGAACUGUGUCUUUGAAGUUGGUCAAACAAGCUCUUAAGGAGAAUCCAAGAGAAUAACAAGAUUUGAGCGGUACUGAUUUAUAUAGGUUGCACUGUCAAAGUGCCAUUUGAUGUCAGAUCCUUCUCACAGGUAAAUCUCACAGCCACAGACCCUAACUGGUGAGUUUCAGAACCAAUUGCCACACUUGUCUUUCCCCCAGAUUGCUUAUGGCUGCAUUUUACCCCUUUAAUGCUGCGUUUCCCAAAUCAAAGAUUUUGCCCUAAGAAGGAAAGGAAAAAAUUAUUUGUGAACCUUUGAGGAAAAGAAUCAUUUUAGUAUUUCUUUUUAAAGUGUUUCAUUUUGGAAAAUCACUGAUUAUAAUGCAUAACAAUAUGUUUGAAAAUAGAUUAUUCUGAAGAUCUCCAUGAUACCUUACCAUUGGUGAAGAAGAUGACAAUUUACGGAACUUGAUUGGUCAGAGCAUUGAGCUUUCCAAAAUCCCAGCCUUCUGUUUAUUAGAACUUUCUGAUUUAAGUAGACUGACACCCCAUACCUUUAGAGAACUGGAAUUGGAAUAUGAUUUCUCAAAAAUGAAUUUGAUAAUUUCAACUAUAAUACACAUACAUGCUAAAAGAAUGUUGAAAAUAUGAUCCUUUUAUGGGUAGCUAAAUUUGGGGUUAUGUGAAUAUUUUCUAUUAUUUCGUUUAUACCAUGUUUUUUUCCUCAGAAAAACAGUUGUUUUUCCUCUCAGAAGUGUUUAGGCAUCAUUGCAAGUGAGUUUCAGUUCUGCUACAUGGAAUAUUUGAUGUUUUGUUUGAAAGAACACAGCUGACUGUGAGAGGUUGACUAAUAUUCUUUAUCUUUCGGUUUGCAUGAUUGUAAUUCAGCUGACAACAUCCAGUUUGAUGUUUGAUGAUCUGAAGAAUAUCACAGUGAGGGGAAAUGCUGAAUGUCUGUAAGAAGCAGCAAAUUGUCAUUGGUCUCACAGUAUUUGAUGCAAGGAAAAGAGGUCUAUAGGACACAUCCCUUGCAAAUUUGUCUUUAAUACACAAAGCUGUAACUGAACUAGCUGUUUUGCUAUUGAUUCUCUCGUGUACCCAGUUAUAAAAAUAGGUGAGUUUCUCUUGUCUCAGAGUACCAUUGGAUUUUAUUUCUGAAUUUAAAAUGAAUAGUAAAAUAUUUGUUCUUUAACCCACCUCAAUUUCUGAAAAGAAACCUGCUUGUAUUGUUGUUCUGAAGCUUCAAGUUUACAUAGAGAUCACAUUCAGCAAGCUCCUCAGCCUAAAACUUCUGCAAGUGAAGUGUCUGAUGCAUUCACUACUUUCUCCUCAUAUUGUUGUCUACUCUGAGAAAAUAAGUAUGAGGAAGUUUCACUGUAAGUGAGUAACAUUUGAUUUCGGCGUUUAUUUUGAUGAUUAAGUUAGGAUUCUAUGGAUGCCAAAUUGAUAUAAAAGGAGAGGCAUAGGUAUCAUAUCUGAGAGUAUCUUUUGCCUUUAAGGCAUUGCGUUCUUGUCUAAAAUGGAAAAUUUGGCUGAUUUGAGAAUAAAAUGUAAUUGAAUAUACAACCAUGUGAAGAAUAAAUUUUAUUUUGGAAUCUGCUGACUUUAAUAUGUUCUCCACACUUUCUCAAAGUACUUUGCUCUGAGUACCUUGAUAGGAAUUGGAAUAUAUCAGAAAGGAUGAUUAUUUUUGUUGUGGUUUGGAUAUUAAAGGGUAUUAGUCACCCAAGAGAUCCACUUUCUGUUUUUCUGAUAGUGUUCAAUAACAUGAACCUACUCAUGAGUGACUAAUAAGUGAUUUUUAUCUACUUUAACUUGUUUUAGUUUUAAGAGUUAUACCUUGAACAAAUAAAAUUACCUGCUUUAGUUUAAUGGGAAGACUGUUUCUGAUCAUCUCAUCUUCUUCUCUGCAGGCCAUCUCAGUUCUUCACUCUCUUCUGGUUGCGCUUGAAGCAGUUGAUGUACUGGGUUUACACCUUAAAAGAUAGACAUGUGCUGUGAAGUUAGGGAGUGGGGUGAAUUAUCCCAUUGUAAUUAAGAAAGAGCUUUCCCCAAACAGUCUUUAAUUCCCAGUUUUUGUAGAAGAAGCUCAUUCAUUUUCUGAGUAAAAAGUAUUUUCGUAUCUGUCUGGGGGGAAAUUAACUCAUCAGGAAAAUAUUAUUAGGUGUUUAAAUCCUAAAACUAACAGAUAAACUGAUACGUAACUUAUUAGAUCACCCAAACUAACUUGCUGAAAUCUUUUGUUUUGUCCUGUAAGAUCAAUGCUUAACAUGCAGUCUCUCCUCCCAUGCCCAGGUCAGUAACUCCAGUUUGCUCUUCUCUUUAGUCUCAUGGUAGCAGCUGUUGGGUAAUUGUAGUCGGAAGCUGGGGAGGAGGUGAGGAGAAAGUGCUCUUGUUCAGUGUUUUGUUUCCUAUAAAAGGAUGCUGCCUAACCCAGCUCAUCUCUGUGUCCUGUUGACUUUAUUGUUAUUCCAAGUAAUUGCAAGAAAAUAUAAUGAAUGGGCAUCAUUAACACCAGCUCAAAAACAUAUUCUUAUCAGUGAAGAUUUCUUGUCAAAUGUCUUGGAUUGCACUUUUGUUGAGGGAAGACAGUGUAAAUAGUUAAAGAAUGUUGAUAAAAUUGAAACAUUUGGUUAUGGAAUUGUGUGGUGUUAGAAGGUUUCUGUUUGUGAAAUGUAUGUAUUAAAAAUAAUAAAAUUUCAGAAACUAACAUUGUAUUCACUCUUUAGUGUGUCACUUUAUUUUUUGUUGGGAUUCCAGGUUUUUGAACUUGGGAUUGUUUGAUAAGAAAAGAUAGUAGAGAAGACAUUCUGAGGGUUUGGUCACUAUUCAGGUAGCCACUUCAAAAUCAGUACUGCAGCUAAUAAAAGCUACGAACUUUUUAUGCUGUUUGAAAGUGAUGUACCACAUGUAAAUUCCCUUUGCAACAAAAUAAGCAUUCUGUAUAACAAAGCCGGUUCCAUGUGGAUAAUCCACAAUUAUUGUUCUGGUUAUAGGGAAUUCUAUUGACUAAGUAGAUAAUCCUAUUCUACAAUUUGUUGUUGUUGCU